AUGACGAAGAAUUCAAAGAAGGUCAUUGCGCACAGGGCCAGUCAUGUUGCCAAAAACCACAACGCAAGCACAGUUUCAAAUACAGGCGACGAAUCUAUUGGCAUCGACGGCAAGGCGCCCGCUAAGGUCCAUAGCCAAGAAAACUUCUUGACCUCUCAUGAGGACUCGUCCAAUGUCAAACUUGCAGAAGAGAACAGUUGCUUUUCUGAGUUACAUUCUGAUCCGAAUUUCCAGAUUCCUACUUGCGAUUUCUGCACUAGAGAAUCGGGUAUUUGUGGGUGCUGUUCGGGAGGUGGCCAUGAUUACGACACCUGGUCCGAUAAUACCGGUGGACACGGAUAUACUACCGAUAUGAAUAAGCCUGGGGACAAGAUACAAUUGCAGCUCUGGUCCUACGAGACUUCUCAAAUAACCGUCGCUGAAAGACUAGAACAGAGAAAGUGGUGUGCUCCAGGUCAGAAACUUUGA